AUGACAGUUGAUGAGCAACAGCAGCACAUGGAAAGUGGUCAUGCUUGGCGAGAUGGGAUGCUUUUUCCUUUGCACUGCGUUUGGCCCAUGGGAUUUUCCUGGUCUUCUUAUAUAGCCCAAGAAGAGAUGCUGAGUGUUUGCCAGGAUUCUGGGAUUCAAACUUCGUCUCUUUUGGCCUGUGACUGCGUGACGCCUUCAUCGUUUGAGCUGGUUGCUGCUGUGGCCACUGACGAUGUUAUGUUCUUCAGCGACGCCGGCCCAGGCGCUACCUCUACUGCGGCUAGGGCUUUUGAUGCAGCCAUGGAUGCACGACGUGCUGUCCGAAAUCCGAAGAAGGACGAGGACGAUGAGCUCUGCGGCACAUGUGUUGGUGUUGAUUUGGUGGACGGCUACUUCCUGGAUGUGCCUGGGGGGCGUUACUUGGCGAUGAUCCUGACUUUUCUGCACAUGCACAGGUGCAAGGUGGGCUCGCCUCGGCAAGUCCAGCAGCUUCUGGGAGUCUUACAAUGGUUUGACCUCUUGGUCAGGCCAAAGCUCUCGGUCUACAGCGCCAUCUAUGAUUUCACAAUUAGUGACAGUCCCGAUUCUGUACCGCUGCCUAAGAAAGUUUUGGGAGAGCUGGCAUGCAGCCUUUGCUUGGGCAUUUUCUGGCGCUGCGACUUACGAAGGCGCUUUUUGCCUAUGCUUGGAGCUACAGAUGCCAGUUCAUCGUAUGGAUUGGGGGCAAGCGUUGUGCACGCCUCAGAGGAGAUGGUCAGAACUGUUGCUCGCUGGGCUGAAAAGCAAGGGGCUUUUGUGGUUAUGGACGGUGAUGCUGCUAGGAGUUUGAGCGCGGACCGGAUGCUGGAGGCACGCUACCUCAAUUUGAAGCUUGAGCAGUUCUCCGACGUUUUCAGUGUUCGCUCCAAGUUUUCUGCUCACAUCAACGUCCUGGAAGGUGAAGCGUUCGUGCUUUUCUUGAAGUGGCUUUUGCGGUCUACCAGGCAUCACUCGACAAGAGUGGUUGUGCUGUUAGACUCUGCAGUCUUUCUUGGUGCUGCAGCAAAAGGGAGAUCAUCUUCACAAUUGAACAGGCUUUUGCGGAAGGCUGCUUCUUUGACUAUGGCAGGAAAUCUUCAGUUGCAUCUCGUUUUCGUCCCUUCGAGCGAGAAUCCUGCAGACUACCCGUCACGUGGAAAGAGGAAGCGAUCGCGAAAGUGA